AUGGCAUUCAGGUCUUCGAGUUUGUGGAAAUCUAUGGCUACUCGUGUUAGCGCAAAUUCUGCCUUUGCAAAAUCAAAUAUUACCAGGUCAUAUGCUAGUACUGCUGAGCAUCCAGACGCUAAGCCCAGGGGAUUUAUGAAAGGAGAUUUCGUUCCAGUGUACGUGGCGUUGGGACUAAUAGCGCUAUCAGUGGGUUUUGGUUUACAGACGGCGAUGCAUCAGCUGAAGCGGGCACCAAAUGUAUCUGUGAAGAAAUCAAGGAGGGAAACUAUACCGGAAGUGACCGAACCGGAAGAGGUUGUGGAUGAAGCAGACAAGUUCAUAAAGAAAUCCUUCUUCCGAAAGGUGGCUCAUGUUCAGGAUUUUGAUAAUCAAUCUGUCAUGCAUGAUCCUAUCCGUGGGGAUGCUCUUGCAAGGGAACCUCAUGCAGUGACAUUGAAAUCUGUGGGAGUGAAUCCGUAA